CCACAGCCCCCGGCCCCGCCGCGGGCGCCGCCGCAGCCCCCCCGGCCCGCCGCGGGGCGCCCGGGCCCGACGAGCGACCUGCCGACGACUCGCCGCUCCCUCGCCCGGAUCUCCGAAAGAAUUAAAAAUGGCCGAGAAUGUGGUGGAACCCGGGCCGCCGUCGGCCAAGCGGCCCAAACUCUCUUCUCCGGCCCUCUCGGCGUCGGCCAGCGACGGCACAGAUUUUGGCUCUCUGUUCGACUUGGAGCAUGAUUUACCAGAUGAAUUAAUCAACUCUACAGACCUGGGACUAACCAAUGGUGGUGAUAUUAAUCAGCUUCAGACAAGUCUUGGCAUAGUACAAGAUGCAGCCUCUAAACAUAAACAGCUGUCAGAAUUGCUGCGGUCUGGUAGCUCCCCUAACCUCAAUAUGGGGGUUGGUGGGCCAGGCCAAGGGAUGGCCAGCCAGGCCCAACAGAACAGUCCUGGAUUAAGUCUGAUCAAUAGCAUGGUCAAAAGCCCAAUGACACAGGCAAGCUUGACUUCUCCCAACAUAGGGAUGGGCACAAGCGGACCCAACCAGGGUCCCGCACCUUCUGCAACAGGCAUGAUGAACAACCCAGUAAAUCAGCCUGCCAUGGGAAUGAACACGGGGAUGAAUGCUGGCAUGAAUCCGGGAAUGUUGGCUGCAGGCAAUGGACAGGGGAUGAUGCCGAAUCAAGUCAUGAACGGUUCAAUUGGUGCGGGCCGGGGGCGACCGAACAUGCAGUAUCCCAACCCAGGCAUGGGAAAUGCUGGCAGCUUAAUGACGGAGCCACUGCAGCAAGGCUCCCCGCAGAUGGGAGGACAGACGGGCCUGAGGGGCCCCCAGCCUCUGAAGAUGGGAAUGAUGAACAACCCGAAUCCUUACGGUUCACCAUACACUCAGAAUUCUGGACAGCAGAUUGGAGCCGGUGGCCUUGGUCUUCAGAUUCAGACAAAGCCUGUACUACCAAAUAGCUUGUCUCCGUUUGCAAUGGACAAAAAAGCAGUUCCUGGUGGAGGGAUGCCCAACAUGGGCCAGCAGCAGGCCCCGCAGGUCCAGCAGCCAGGCCUUGUGGCUCCUGUCGCCCAAGGGAUGGGCUCCGGCGCACACACAGCCGAUCCCGAGAAGCGGAAGCUCAUCCAGCAGCAGCUCGUCCUCCUCCUGCACGCGCACAAGUGUCAGCGUCGAGAGCAGGCUAAUGGGGAGGUGAGGCAGUGCAACCUCCCGCACUGCCGCACCAUGAAGAAUGUCCUGAACCAUAUGACGCACUGCCAGUCCGGCAAGUCCUGCCAAGUGGCGCACUGUGCUUCUUCUCGACAAAUCAUUUCGCACUGGAAGAAUUGUACAAGGCAUGACUGUCCUGUUUGUCUUCCCCUUAAGAAUGCCGGGGAUAAGAGAAACCAACAGUCAAUUCUGACUGGAGCACCAGUUGGGCUCGGAAAUGCUAGUGCGCUCGGGGUGGGUCAGCAGUCUACUCCCAGCCUCAGCACUGUUGACCCCAGCUCUAUAGAGAGAGCCUACGCAGCCCUUGGACUCCCCUAUCAGGUUAAUCAGAUGCAGACACAGCCCCAGGUACAAGCCAAGAGCCAGCAGAAUCAGCAGUCGGGGCAGUCUCCCCAAGGCAUGCGGCCCAUGAGCAACAUCAGUGCAAGUCCAAUGGGAGUGAAUGGAGGUGUAAGCGUCCAACCCUCUACUCUUCUCUCUGAUCCAAUGCUGCAUUCAGCCAUAAAUUCUCAAAACCCAAUGAUGAAUGAAAAUGCCAGUGUGGCCUCCCUGGGUCCAAUGCCAACAGCAGCUCAGCCAUCCAGUACUGGAAUCCGGAAGCAGUGGCAUGAAGAUAUAACCCAGGAUCUCCGAAAUCAUCUUGUUCAUAAACUAGUUCAAGCCAUAUUUCCUACUCCCGAUCCUGCUGCUUUGAAAGAUAGAAGGAUGGAAAACCUUGUUGCAUAUGCCCGGAAAGUGGAAGGAGAUAUGUAUGAAUCUGCAAAUAAUCGAGCGGAAUACUACCAUCUGCUAGCUGAGAAGAUCUAUAAGAUCCAGAAAGAACUAGAAGAAAAACGAAGGACACGAUUACAAAAACAGAAUAUGCUACCAAAUGCUGCGGGCAUGGUUUCCAUGAAUCCUGGCCCUAACAUGGGGCAGCCGCAGCCAGGAAUGACAACUAAUGGUCCUCUACCUGAUCCAUCUAUGAUCCGUGGCAGUGUGCCAAACCAGAUGAUGCCUCGGAUGCCUCCGCAGUCUGGUUUGAAUCAAUUUGGCCAAAUGAGUAUGCCCCAGCCGGCUCUCGGCGCCAGGCAGACCUCUCCUCUUCAGCACCAUGGACAGUUGGCGCAGCCCGGCGCACUCAACCCACCUAUGGGCUAUGGACCUCGAAUGCAGCAGCCUCCAAACCAGAGCCAGUUCCUUUCCCAGCCUCAGUUCUCUGCGCAGGGAAUGAAUGUAACAAAUAUGCCUUUGGCUCCCUCUGGAGGUCAAGCACCAGUGUCGCAAGCACAAAUGUCCAGUUCUUCCUGUCCUGUGAACUCUCCCAUAAUGCCUCCUGGGUCUCAAGGGAGCCACAUUCACUGUCCGCCUCUCCCUCAGUCAGCUCUCCAUCAGAACUCCCCGUCUCCUGUACCUAGUCGCACCCCGACGCCUCACCACACUCCCCCGAGCAUCGGGGCUCAGCAGGCACCAGCAGCAUCCAUCCCCGCCCCGGUUCCCACGCCGCCAGCCCUCCCGCCUGGACCACAGGCCCAGGCGCUCCACCCACCUCCGAGACAGACGCCGACCCCACCCACAGUGCAGCUUCCUCCUCCAGUGCAGCCUUCGCUCCCCGCCGUGGCCCCGGCCGAGCCGCCCCCACAGCAGCCCCUCUCCCAGCAGAGUGCAGCCGCUUCCGUCCCCACCCCCACGGCGCCGCUCCUGCCUCCGCAGCCCACGACUCCACUUUCCCAGGCCGCGGUGAGUCUCGAGGGGCAGGCAUCCAACCCGCCGUCCACUAGCAGCGCGGAAGUGAGUUCCCAGACUGUUCCUGACAAGCAGCCUUCACAGGAAGUGAAAAUAGAGGCAAAGAUGGAAGUGGAUCAGCCGGAACCUGCAGAUUCUCGGCCGGAGGAUAUUUCUGAGGCUAAAGCAGAAGACUGUAAAUUGGAAGCUACCGAAGCAGAAGUGAGGAACACCGAACUCAAAACGGAGACAAAAGAGGAAGAAGACCACCCGAGCACUUCGGCUCCCCAGUCCUCUCCGGCCCCGGGACAGUCAAAGAAGAAGAUUUUCAAACCGGAAGAAUUACGACAGGCAUUGAUGCCGACAUUGGAGGCACUUUAUCGACAGGAUCCUGAAUCGCUUCCCUUUCGUCAACCUGUGGACCCUCAGCUUCUGGGAAUCCCUGAUUACUUUGAUAUUGUGAAGAGCCCUAUGGAUCUUUCUACUAUAAAGAGGAAGCUAGACACUGGACAGUAUCAGGAGCCUUGGCAGUAUGUGGAUGACAUUUGGCUGAUGUUCAACAAUGCCUGGUUAUAUAACAGGAAAACAUCUCGGGUAUAUAAAUACUGCUCCAAACUGUCUGAGGUCUUUGAACAAGAAAUUGACCCAGUUAUGCAGAGCCUUGGAUAUUGUUGUGGCAGAAAGUUGGAGUUCUCUCCACAGACACUCUGUUGUUAUGGCAAACAAUUAUGCACAAUUCCUCGUGAUGCCACUUACUACAGCUACCAGAACAGGUAUCAUUUCUGUGAGAAGUGUUUCAAUGAGAUCCAAGGGGAGAGCGUUUCUUUGGGGGAUGACCCUUCCCAGCCUCAAACUACAAUAAAUAAAGAACAAUUUUCCAAGAGAAAAAAUGACACACUGGAUCCUGAACUGUUUGUUGAAUGUACAGAGUGUGGGAGAAAGAUGCAUCAGAUAUGUGUCCUUCACCAUGAAAUCAUCUGGCCGUCUGGAUUUGUCUGUGAUGGCUGUUUAAAGAAAACUGCAAGGACUAGGAAAGAAAACAAGUUUUCUGCUAAAAGGUUGCCCUCUACUAGACUUGGCACUUUCCUAGAGAAUCGUGUGAAUGACUUUCUGAGGCGACAAAAUCACCCCGAGUCAGGCGAGGUCACUGUUCGGGUAGUUCAUGCUUCGGACAAAACUGUGGAAGUCAAACCAGGCAUGAAAGCAAGGUUUGUGGAUAGUGGAGAGAUGGCAGAGUCCUUUCCGUAUCGAACCAAAGCCCUCUUUGCCUUUGAGGAGAUUGAUGGCGUGGACUUGUGCUUCUUUGGGAUGCACGUCCAGGAGUAUGGCUCCGACUGCCCUCCUCCCAACCAGAGGAGAGUCUACAUCUCGUACCUCGAUAGUGUUCAUUUCUUCCGCCCUAAAUGCUUGAGGACUGCAGUCUACCAUGAAAUUCUAAUUGGGUAUUUAGAAUACGUCAAGAAAUUAGGAUACACCACGGGGCAUAUUUGGGCCUGUCCCCCGAGUGAAGGAGACGACUAUAUUUUCCAUUGCCACCCUCCAGACCAGAAGAUACCCAAGCCUAAACGCCUCCAGGAAUGGUACAAAAAGAUGCUUGACAAGGCCGCGUCUGAGCGGAUUGUUCAUGACUACAAGGAUAUUUUCAAACAAGCUACUGAAGACCGAUUGACAAGUGCAAAGGAGUUGCCUUACUUUGAGGGUGAUUUCUGGCCCAACGUUCUGGAGGAGAGCAUUAAGGAGCUGGAGCAGGAGGAGGAGGAGAGGAAGCGGGAGGAAAACACCAGCAACGAGAGCACAGACGUGACAAAGGGAGACAGCAAAAAUGCUAAGAAGAAGAAUAAUAAGAAAACCAGCAAGAACAAAAGUAGCCUGAGUCGAGGCAACAAGAAGAAGCCUGGCAUGCCCAAUGUGUCCAAUGAUCUCUCCCAGAAAUUGUACGCGACCAUGGAGAAACACAAAGAGGUCUUCUUUGUGAUCCGGCUAACGUCCAGCCCGAAUGCCAACUCCCUGCCUCCCAUCGUCGAUCCUGACCCGCUCAUUCCCUGUGACCUGAUGGACGGGCGUGACGCCUUCCUCACCCUCGCCCGGGACAAGCACCUAGAGUUCUCGUCCCUCCGGAGGGCUCAGUGGUCCACCAUGUGCAUGCUGGUGGAGCUGCACACACAGAGCCAGGACCGCUUUGUCUACACCUGCAAUGAGUGCAAGCACCACGUGGAGACGCGCUGGCACUGCACGGUGUGCGAGGACUAUGACCUGUGUAUCACCUGCUAUAACACUAAAAACCACGACCACAAAAUGGAGAAGCUCGGCCUAGGCCUUGAUGACGAGAGCAACAACCAGCAGGCCGUGGCCACGCAGAGCCCAGGAGACUCGCGCCGCCUGAGCAUCCAGCGCUGCAUCCAGUCCCUGGUGCACGCCUGCCAGUGCCGCAAUGCCAACUGCUCUCUGCCGUCCUGCCAGAAGAUGAAACGGGUAGUGCAGCACACCAAGGGCUGCAAGCGGAAAACCAACGGCGGGUGCCCCAUCUGCAAACAGCUCAUCGCUCUCUGCUGCUAUCAUGCCAAGCACUGCCAGGAGAACAAGUGCCCCGUGCCCUUCUGCUUAAACAUCAAGCAAAAGCUCCGGCAGCAGCAGCUGCAGCACCGGCUCCAGCAGGCCCAGAUGCUCCGCAGGAGGAUGGCCAGCAUGCAGCGGACUGGGGCGGUGGGGCAGCAGCAGGGACUGCCCUCCCCGACUCCUGCCACCCCAACCACGCCAACGGGUCAGCAGCCAAGCACCCCGCAGACACCCCAGCCCCAGCCCCCCUCGCAGCCUCAGCCCACCCCUCCCAACAGCAUGCCACCCUACAUGCCCAGGACUCAAACGGCUGGCCCUGUGUCCCAGGGUAAGGCAGCGGGCCAGGUGACCCCCCCAACCCCUCCUCAGACUGCUCAGCCACCCCUUCCUGGGCCCCCACCAGCAGCGGUAGAAAUGGCCAUGCAGAUUCAGAGGGCGGCCGAGACACAACGCCAGAUGGCACAUGUGCAAAUCUUCCAAAGGCCAAUCCAACACCAGAUGCCCCAGAUGGCUCCCAUGCCUCCCAUGGGUAUGAACCCGCCCCCCAUGGCCAGAGGUCCCAGUGGGCAUUUGGAGGCAGGGAUGGGGCCCACGGGCAUGCAGCAGCAGCCGCCAUGGGCCCAAGGAGGAUUGCCUCAGACCCAGCCACUCCAGUCUGGAAUGCCAAGGCCGGCCAUGAUGUCCGUGGCCCAGCAUGGUCAGCCUUUGAACAUGGCUCCCCAGCCAGGACUGGGCCAGGUGGGCGUGAGCCCUCUCAAGCCGGGCACUGUGUCUCAACAAGCCUUACAGAACCUCCUGCGGACUCUCAGGUCUCCCAGCUCUCCCCUGCAGCAGCAGCAGGUGCUUAGUAUCCUUCAUGCCAACCCCCAGCUGUUGGCUGCGUUCAUCAAGCAGCGGGCUGCCAAGUAUGCCAACUCGAAUGCACAGCCUCUUCCUGGGCAGCCGGGCAUGCCCCAGGGCCAGCCUGGGCUGCAGCCUCCUGCCAUGCCCGGUCAGCAGGGUGUCCACUCCAAUCCCGCCAUGCAGAACAUGAACCCCAUGCAGGCAGGCGUCCCACGGUCUGGCCUGCCACCACAGCAGCCGCAGCAACAGCUGCAGCCGCCGCUGGGCGGGCUGAGCCCCCAGGCGCAGCAGAUGAACAUGAACCACAGCGCCAUGCCUUCGCAGUUCCGAGACAUCCUGAGACGCCAGCAGAUGGUACAGCAGGGGGGCGCGGGGCCAGGCCUCGGCCCCGGGAUAGCCAACCACAACCAGUUUCAGCAGCCCCAAGGCGUUGGCUACUCCCCACAGCAGCAGCAGCAGCAGCAGCAGCAGCAGCGGCUGCAGCAUCACAUGCAGCAGAUGCAGCAGGGGAACAUGGGACAGAUGGGCCAGAUCCCACAGGCCUUGGCAGGAGACGCAGGCAGUCUGCAGGCCUAUCAGCAGCGGCUCCUUCAGCAGCAGAUGGGGUCUCCUGCUCAGCCCAACCCCAUGAGCCCCCAGCAGCACAUGCUCCCAAAUCAGGCUCAGUCACCACAUCUACAAGGCCAGCAGAUCCCUUCUCUCUCCAAUCAAGUGCGUUCUCCUCAGCCUGUCCCUUCACCACGGCCGCAGUCCCAGCCCCCCCACUCUAGCCCUUCCCCGAGGAUGCAGCCUCAGCCUUCUCCUCACCACGUGUCCCCACAGACCAGUUCACCACAUCCCGGACUGGUAGCUGCCCAGGCCAACCCCAUGGAACAAGGGCAUUUUGCCAGCCCGGACCAGAAUUCGAUGCUUUCCCAGCUUGCUAACAAUCCAGGCAUGGCAAACCUCCAUGGUGCGAGUGCCACGGACCUGGGACUCGGCACCGAGAACUCAGACUUGAAUCCAAGCCUCUCACAGAGUACACUAGACAUACACUAGAGACACCUUGUAGUAUUUUGGGAGCAAAAAAAUUAUUUUCUCUUAACAAGACUUUUUGUACUGAAAACAAUUUUUUGAAUCUUUCUUAGCCUAAAUGACAAUUUUCCUUGCAACACAUAAGAACUGCAGUAGCCUGUUUGUGGUUAAAGCAAACAUGCAAGAUGAACCUGAGGGAUGAUAGAAUACAAAGAAUAUAUUUUUGUUAUGGCUGGUUCGUGCCAGCCUUUUUUUUUUCCUUGUGUGUGUGGUUCAAGUGUGCACUGGGAGGAGGCUGAGGUCUGUGACGCCAACCACAUGCUCCUGCCUUGCACCUCCAAUAGGUUUUAUUAUUUUUUUUAAAUUAAUGAAAAUAUGUAAUAUUAAUAGUUAUUAUUUACUGGUGCAGAUGGUUGACAUUUUUCCCUAUUUUCCUCACUUUAUGGAAGAGUUAAAAAAAGAACAUUUCUAAAACCAGAGGACAAAAGGGGUUAAUGUUACUUUAAAAUUACAUUCUAUAUAUAUAAAUAUAUAUAAAUAUAUAUUAAAAUACCAAUUUUUUUCUCUGGGUGCAAAGAUGUUCGUUCUUUUUAAAAUUAAAUAAUUAAAAAAAGGAAAAAAAAUUCCCCUUUCCUCCCCUCAAGUCAACUUUUGUGCUCCAGAAAAUUUUCUAUUCCUUAAGUCUGAGCGUAAAACCUCCCAAGUAUUAAAAUAAUUUGUACAUGGAUGGAAAGUGAAACAUGAUCUUUUUCAAAACAUGCAGGGGCAGCUGCCAAAUUGAUGUAUUAUAUAUUGUGGUUCUGUUCUUGAAAGAAUUUUUUUUUCGUUAUUUUUACAUCUAACAGAAAAAAAAAAUUAAAAAGAGGGUAAGAAACAAUUCCAGUGGGACAAUUUUAACAUGCAAAAUGUCCCUGGAGUUUCUACUUUGCUUGCUUUCUUCUUCCUUACUCUGCCCCCACCCUACACACACACACACUUUCUGUAAAACUUGAAAAUAGAAAGCAAAAACCCUCAACUGUUGUAAAUCAUGCAAUUAAAGUUGAUUACUUAUAAAUAUGAACUUUGGAUCACUGUAUAGACUGUUAAAUUUGAUUUCUUAUUACCUAUUGUUAAAUAAACUGUGUGAGACAGA